AUGGAGUUUAUGCAGGUAUUUAAAUAUAUAAUUCAUGAUCUAACUGAUAUAAUAUAUAUCAAUCUGGAAUCAUCGGAUAAUCCUUCUAAACGCCGUGACGAUUCUUUUAACAUUGAUUUGAUAUUGAAAAAGGAACGUAUCGACAAUGAUGAUUUUAACGUUAUUGUUUUACACGCUUCACCCGAACAAAGAUUGGAUUUUAUCAUAAGGCAAUUAUCAUUCUAUCUAUCUCCAGAUAACUUGUCGAUUGAUCACUUUUAUAACUCGAAAUUCAAGGAAGAUUCAGCAAACAUUGGAGUAGAGAAUGUUAUGGACGUGAAGUAUAUCCUUAGUGCAAAACGCAUGAUGGAGAUUAAGGCAACGAUUGAAGACAUUAAAAAAGUAAUUUCCGAGAAUCUGAUACCCAACUUAUCCUUUCACGACUUCGAAGGAACUCUGUAUAUUAAAUUAAACGACCCUCUACCAAAAUAUGUUGGAAAGAAACCAAUUAUUAAGAAAAAAUUUGGAGAGACCCCUGAAACAUUCCACGUAGCUGGACCAAUUGUCAAAAUUGCAAACAUACCCUUAGAUGUUAAGGAAUGGACAUUGGUAAAACAAGCCAUUAACAAUACGAACAAAGCCAAAGUCAAAUUCAUAUCGUCCAUUUCAGAAGGUUCGUGUUACGCCUGGCUUUCAAAAACAUCAAAUUUAUCCGAUUUAAUGGCAGAAAAACCGCUUGUAAACGGAUCCCCAAUAAAUAUAGAGCUAAUAAAUGAUGAGUCAGAAUUCAAGAAAUUGGAAUCUGUAAGGAAUUUUGUGGUAAGAAACUUUGGUUCAAUCAAAACACUACUUAAUAACCUACUAAAUGAAGUUGAAGUUGGAACUCAGCUAUCACUUGAAUCAGAACCAGGACAAUUAGUAAGAAAUUUCAAUAUUAUAACUCUUCAGCUUACUUAUAUUCUUGAGUAUCACCCCAACUCUAAGGAAAAGAAGGGAGGAAAUUCAAGAACGUUAUUCGGAUAUGAAGUGGGAACAAACGGAAGUAGGGAUGGAAAAAACAAAAAGUGUUUCAAGGUUGUAACAAAGAGCUUGGAAGGAGAAAACCUUGCACAUGAGGUAUAUUUAAAUAAUUUAAUAUUUCUGAAGGACCUGUCAAUAACCAAAUGCCUGGAAGGAUUGAAACUAGUAAUCCAUACCUUCAACAGACCUGAGAGAACCGAUUUUAUAAAAUCUUUGUCCGUUUAA